AGGUCAUAGAUCUCCCUGAAUGAGACUUGCUUGCUUCUCUGGCACCUGGUUCUCUCCUACUAUCCAGCAUGGUGUGUCUGAGGCUCCCUGGAGGCUCCUACAUAGCAGCGCUGACAGUGACACUCAUGGCGCUGAGCUCCCCACUGGCUUUGGCUGGGGACUCCCCACCACGUUUCUUGGAGCAGUUUAAGUAUGAGUGUCUUCACCUCAACGGGACGGAGGGUGUACGGCUCCUGGUCAGAUACAUCUACAACCAGGAGGAGUAUGUGCGCUUUGACAGCGACGUGGGGGAGUUCCGGGCGGUGACAGAGCUGGGGCGGCCUGCCGCAGAGUACUUCAACAGCCUGAAGGACUACAUGGAGCAGACGCGGGCCGCGGUGGACACCGUGUGCAGACACAACUACGGGAUUUUUGAGAGGUUCCUAGUGCAGCGGCGAGUCCAACCUAAGGUGACUGUGUAUCCUGCAAAGACCCAGCCCCUGCAGCGCCACAACCUCCUGGUCUGCUCUGUGAGUGGUUUCUAUCCAGGCAGCAUUGAAGUCAGGUGGUUCCGGAACGACCAGGAGGAGAAGACUGGGGUGGUGUCCACAGGCCUGAUCCACAAUGGAGACUGGACCUUCCAGACCCUGGUGAUGCUGGAAACACUUCCUCAGAGUGGAGAGGUUUACACCUGCCAAGUGGAGCACCCAAGCGUGACCAGCCCUCUCACAGUGCAAUGGAGAGCACAGUCUGAAUCUGCACAGAGCAAGAUGCUGAGUGGAGUCGGGGGCUUUGUGCUGGGCCUGCUCUUCCUUGGCGCAGGGCUGUUCAUCUACUUCAGGAAUCAGAAAGGACAUUCUGCCCUUCGGCCAUCAGGAGUCGUUAGCUGAAGUGAAGGUGACCACAUUCAAGGAAGAACCUUGUGCCCCAGCUUUGCAAGUGAAAAGCUUUCCUGCUUGGCUCUUCUUCUUCCACAAGAGCUUUCUCAGGACCUGUUUGCUACUGGUUCAGCAACUCUGCAGAAAUGUCCUCCCUUGUGGCUUCCUCAGCUCCUGCCCUUGGCCUGAAGUCCCAGCAUUGAUGUCUAUGCCUCAGGGUCAACUUUUGUGCUCCCCUUUACAUAACCCUACAACCUCCCAUGCUCUCUACUCACCCUGUGCCACAAAAACGUUACAUUAUUAAAUUUUUCGUAAACAUGGAGUUACAAAUCAUCUGUCCAUUUGGCUUCAAGGACAAAAGUAAAAAGAAAAGAAAAAGGGAA